AUGGCAUCGCAGAACGCGACCGUCACAUCCUCCAGUGCUGCGAGCUCUGCUGCUAGGGACAAGCAAAAGACCAAGAUAUGGUGGUCCAAUGGCAUAUUCUUCAUCUUCAUGCACGCCUUUGCUCUCUACGGAGUACUAUACCUCUCACCGCUGAAGGAUCUAGAUAGGCGGACAGCCAUUCUGGCGAUUAUGUCCUGGCAAAUUCCGUGUUUUGGGAUCACUUUGGGGUACCACCGAUUAUGGUCACAUCACGCAUAUGAAGCCACUCUACCACUUCGUAUAGUUCUCGCGGCCCUAGGCUCGAUGGGCUUCCAGGGAUCCAUCAAGUGGUGGGUUCUGAGACACAGAUUACACCAUCGUUUUACCGAUUCUCCAAUUCAUGACCCAUACGCUGCCACCAAAGGCUUGUUCUACUCUCACUGCGGCUGGAUCUUCCUGAAGCCGUCAUAUCCCAGACUAAGGCUGAUAGAGCGAGACGAUCUGGACUCGGAUCCUGUUGUCCGCUUUCAGCACAAACACUUCCUACCCAUCGCCAUUCUCAUGGGUAUCGCCGUGCCUUGGGCUGUGGCCUAUCUCGGUUGGGGAGACGGUUGGGGCGGUCUUGUAUGGGGCGCCAUCGUUGCCAGACUCGGCGUAUGGCACUCGACAUUCUGCAUCAACUCGUUGGCACACUGGUCAGGUUUCCAGCAAUUUACCGAGGAUGUGUCUGCGAGAGGCAAUUUGAUAUUAGCUUUGAUCACAUCUGGCGAAGGGAAUCACAAUUAUCAUCACGCCUUUCCUCAAGACUUUCGGAAUGGGCCACAUAGCGGUGAUUGGGACCCGACCAAAUGGAUCAUCUGGCUCCUGCACAACUUCACUCCGCUCGUUCCGAAAAUAUAUCGCACUCCCGACUCAGCUAUCGCUUCAGCCAAAGCACGCGUACUCAUGGCACAUGCGGAUCGUCUCUACGCCACCGUGCCGCAGGAAGAGCGUGAAAAGCCGAUAGAGGAGCUUCCGGUGUGGAGUCGGGCGGAGGUCAAAAAGAGGCACGGCGAGUUGGUGGUGAGGCAUGUCCAAGAAGGUGAUGGAACAGUCGAAAGUAUCAGAUGGAGGAGACUGCUGUUGAUUGUGGAUGGCUGCAUUGUGGAUGCCGGGAGAUUCUUACCGGAUCAUCCCGGUGGGAAACAGCUUCUACUAGCUCACGCAGUAACGACCCUUCCAGCGUCUCAUUUCGACUCUCUGGAAUCUUCGCUAUCGUCACCGACCUCUCCUGCCAUGUCAGACUCUGGUGACUCGUUCCCAUUCACCGAUUCAGGGUACACCUCUGGCGAUCAUGAUGACAACGAUAAAUUAAUACUACGCGACGCAACGAAGGCUUUCUUUGGGGGAAUGAACAACCAUACCGGAGCUGCAAAAGCUCAAAUGAGGAGCUUGAGAGUUGCAAGGUUGGCGGAUGAGUGA